AUGGCGCCGCCGCCGCCGCCUCUCCGUUCUGACGUCGCUAUGUUCUCCGCCGGCAGCAAGAAGCGGAGCAUGCUCCUCCAGGCGGCGUACGACGGCGACCUCCGCUCCUUCAAAAAGCUCUUGACGUCGCUGGACAAGAGGAGUGGCCGCCUCAGGGAGAAGGUGGAGGCUGUCAAGGUCGAAGCCGACGGCGUCCUGAAGGGUGCCGGGGCGCUGCACCUUGCCGCCGGCAAUGGGAGGUUGGAGAUUUGCAGCUACCUGGUCGAACGCCUGAGGGUCGACGUGGACGCCGUAGACUGUGGAGAUAGAACACCUUUGCUUCAUGCUUUGUUCGGUGAGAAUGUGGUCACUUUCAAGUAUCUUCUGGAUCAUGGUGCCAAUCAAGACAAAGUUAACACUGAUGGGUUUGCCCCACUACAUUCAGCUGCUGGAUUUGGAUACUGUGAAAUGGUAGAGUUAUUACUUGCAAAAGGAGCUUACAUUGACCCGGUGACUUCUUGUGGGACACCACUCCAUAUUGCUUGCACUGAGGGUGAAGAUCGUACUGUGAAGAUCUUAUUGGAGCACAAUGCAGAUUACAACAAGAUGGUAAAUGGUAUGACACCUCUCUAUUUUGCUAUAAGUGCUGCCUCGCUGAAAUGCGUGAAGCUCCUCGUUGAGGCCGGUGCUAUUGCCAAUGGAGAUUAUAUCUUAAAUUAUCUACAAGAUGCUCCGAGUAAUGGUUCAGCUGAGUGCUUGAAUUGCUUCCUGGGGUUUGGUCCUGAUUGGCAGCCUCGAAAUGAUGUAAGAUCCAUCUCUUUUCUAAAAUACUCAAGCACUUUGAACCUCAUGUCUGAUGCUCGUGUGGAUCAACAGAAAAUAGCUGAGUUGAAGUCACAAGGGGAUGAGGCAGUCGAGAAAAAGGAUUUUCUUUCUGCCGCAGAAGUCUACAGUAUGGCGUUGGAGCUGGAUCCUGACGAUGCAACAUUGUUUGCGAAUAGGAGCCUGUGCUGGCUUCACAUUGGUAAAGGAGGCAAGCCUUUGCUUAGUUUGCUGGAUGCUUAUGAAUGCAAAAAAAGGCGGCCUGACUGGCCAAAGGCCUGCUACCGGCAGAGCAAAGCCUUGAUGUUACUGAAGGAAUACAAGGGUGCCUGCGAUGCCCUUUUGGAAGGAUUGAAGUUGGACCCAGGGAAUGCUGAAAUCGAGGAUGAGUUGUGGAAAGCUGUGGAGUCCACGAAGUUGUCUGCACCCACCCAGGCUAUGUGCACCACAGAUAUUUGCUGA